AUGAGGAUUUUCAUAGCCUUUGAGGGAUCUUUUGAACCAUUCGAUGUUUCGGCAGAUGCAACGGUGGAGACUGUGAAGUUGAUGAUAAAGGAUCACUUCCACAUUCCCCUCUCUGAAGACAAGCAAGGCACGCGGUAUCUGGAGCUCAUGUAUGCUGGAGCCGCUCUGAAGGACAGCUGGAGCCUGGCUGACAUCGGAGUGUCUUUCUGUUCAACUCUCAAAUGCUCUGUCAAGGAAGAAGACAAACCUGCUCUCUACGUGUUCAAUGCUGUCACACAGGAGACAAUGGCAAUAAUAGAGAGCACAUCCCUUCUUGGUAAAAAAGUGUGUGAUCUGAGAACACUGGUCACUCUGAGAUGUGGCUUCCCCGUGAGUGUUUACUGCCUCCGGACCCCAGAGGGCGUCGAGCUGUAUGACUGCAACUCCCUGGGAGACUACGGGAUCGAACUCGGCACCACACUUCGCUUGGACGUCUGGGAUGGAUGGAAGGAAUUUCUGAUGGGUUGCCUCCUUGGACAAAAAAUGAAAGUCGAGCGCUAUCUAGCAAAAGAAGAACCAGUGCUGAAAUACCAGAGAAGGGUGGUCCUGUACAUCGCCGCCUUCCACGGCUACAUCGAACUCACGGAAUGGGCCCUGAAGCAGGGUGCGCGGCCCCACGAGGCGGUCGGGGUCCACCCCUACCGAGCUUGGUGCCAGGAAGCCCUUCAUGCAGAUGUCUCUAAAUGCCCCAUUCAUGCAGCUGCAGAAGCCGGCCAGCUGUUGAUUCUGAAGGCUUUUGUCCACUGCAGCGUGCUGUGCCUGGAAUGCACAAACGCGGCGGGCCACACCCCCCUGACCAUCGCCUUCAAGCACAGGCACAAAGACUGCGUAUUAUACCUGCUGAGCAAAAUGUGGUCCACGGUUUCCUUUCCGAAAAUCUCAGUCCCCAUGAGGAUUUAUAUUAAAAUCAAACAAUGGGUCCUCAGAGCUCAGAGUCGCAGCCUGCCUAGGAGCCAGCUUUGUGGAAGAAGGCUGUUGGGGGCAAAAGUGGGAGACGCAGUGAUGGUGGAUGGUUUCACGGAACCGAAGAUGACCUCCAGGAGCUGGCAUCAGGCCGAGAGCAAGCACUCCCGCAGCACCUUGCACAAGCUCCCGCCUCUCCAGGAGCGUGCUCAGGGCAGGAAAGCUGUCCAUUCCUGGGCAUCCUCGCAGCCGGACACGAAAGGACAACCACUCCAAUUUCCUCCACUGAUGAAUGCUAAUCUGUCCUCUGUAUUACAACACAGUCAGCAACAAAGUCAGAAAAAAGCCGCAGCCAGGAAAAAAGAGAAGCUCAUAAAAAAUGCGUAUCUCCCCGAAGUGCCCCUCCCUGCAGUUUCACGAGUUGGAUAUUCACACCCAUCAUUUUACUACGCAACUCCCAGUGCGGACUUCUUCCUAAGGGCCUCCUUUGCACCCUUCACACAGCACAGCGGCAGGACUCCAAGGGAGAACGCCAUCUACUGCUUAGCCACGGCCAGUGCCUUUAAAGAGAAACGGUGGCUUCAGCAAUUAGGAAUAGCAAGAGUCUUGGCUAAGAAGAGCAUCUCCAACCUAACUCCCCAAGGAGGCCUGAGAGCACGUGAGAAUCCUGCAGGAACACUGCUUUGAAAAGGCACGACAGCCUCAACGAGGGCCAACACCUGAUCCAACAGCAUAUGCAGGACGGAUGUCCACACUUACAAAGCAGUCAACCCUCGAGAACGCUAACAGCUUUAACAUUACAUGACAUUCAACCAGCCGUUCAGUACUUAACAUCAUGUUUUCUUGC